AUGGGUGAAGCGGGAAUACUCGGGGGCUCAGGCGUGGACCAGAGGCAAAGGAGAGCGCUAGAUCCGCGCACACGCAAGAGUUUUAUCCACUUCCGAGCCAAGCCUGGGGACGGCUUUGUGUCGCCCUUAAAGGCGGAAAUACCCGCUCCUUCCGCGACCACGGCCUCCUCUGCGAGCGUUGCAACUGAACCAGAAGGGAAAAUAGGUGCAAAGGGAGCGAAAGUGACUGAAUCACCGAAUGGACGCCUCUACCUCCGGCGUGAUAGCGACGGAAGCCAGCCUUACGGGGAGGAAGAAAAGGACUUUCGAGUGGGGGAGCUACACCCGGAUUCCGCCCUGUCAUCUUCGCGCGCGUCACCAACACAUCUAUGCGAGGGUUCGUCGGCCGUGCCAGGGAGACGAGAACGCGAGAUCGCCUUCCCCCGCGGCCGAAGGCAGGAAGAGAAGCGGAACGACGCAUAUUACGAUCCGGUGGCGGAUUCUAGAACCGAGACGGCCGUGCCUACCACUGAUGGUGUUACGACAUGUGUGUCGGGACACGAGAGGCCGAGACGGGCGGGCGAGGAACGUGGUACUUGCGGCGGAGACAAUAACCCAAUUGAGACCGAGCGAGAUGAACUGCAAAUGCUCCCACGACGAUACGGGGGGUCGACCGAGGAAAAGAAAGAGCAAGAUGGCGAGGAGCACGCUAUUUGUGACGGCGGUGGCGCGGCUGGCCGCCAGGGAACUCAAGAGCAGUUGGCGUGGGUAGCCGAAGGAACCUCUGUAGGCGACGGGAGGAGCGAGGGAAAGGCGAGGGACGGAGAGGAUAUCGACCGAUCUCGUGAUGAAAAUGGUGCACUCCAUGAACUAGGCACAACCAAUGGAGAAAUUGCUGGCCAGGGACCAAACGAAGUUCGAAACGCCUCCACUAGUGACAUUGCUACUGGUGCUCCUGCUCCUGCGGAUGCUGCUUCCGCAGUCACGGUGGUCGAAGCAGAACCACCAGACGCUGGUGGGGUGGAAAUCAACAGCGUAGCGGUAUCUGGGAGCGAGGCGGCGGUGGUGGCGACGACGGUGCUGCCGCCAGGGGUGUCGUGCCGACCGGGGGUUAUCGAAAGCAAGGAACCGGCGGGGCGGGAUGUUCCCGGCGUGCCGGCCGACUUGCGGAGGAAGCUCGGUCGCAUGUCCGGUGUGCCUGGAAGCCUUUCAAGCACGAGAUAUCGUUACGCUCGUCACGUGCGGACACGCAUUUCAUUGGAGCUGUAUUGAGCGAUGGCUCGAGCGCAGUGCCCGCUGCCCAUGCUGCAGGCAAGACUUGAACACCCUAAGUGCGAACCAGAUGGAGUCGGUAGAUCAACUACAGCAGGUUGGCGUCCAACAAAACCUUGGGAGAAGCAACGGGCAGCAGCAGCAGCAGCAGCAGCAGCAGCAGCAGGAGCGGCAACAAGAUCGAUCAGAAGUACCGUCACCACCACCCCCGCCCGCGCCGGCACCUCCACCAGCCACGCCACCAACCGCACAGCCACCACUACCGAUGCUAAACGCGGAUUAAGGCAAGGCAUGCAUACACCAGAGGGGAGGAUGACCCAAACAGCAGUUCGCAUAGCGUAUAGCGUCGCAUCGCUGCACAAUGGAGCAAACCCCUUUUCGUUAUGUAGGCAGUAGGGAUCUGAUGUUGAGUGAAUUUUGAUUUUUGAAACGGGUCGCAAUAAGCACCUCGGUUUGACUAGGUUUACGUUCUCGAGGCCAACCGCUGUUCCUGUUUACACUCGCAAGAGAACACGGUGAUAGGUGUAAUGGGUACAAAAUACGGGGAACCUUUUUCUUUGCUUCUGGCUGCCGCGGGCUGAUGGCCAGGUUAUCCCGAGUGUUGAGGAUAUUCCUUUAGGUUUUCUUCAUCCGAUAUGAGCAGGUUCUGUUUGGGGUAGCUUGCAGCGAUGGCGUCGUUUGCAGUUCGCCAGACCGCAGUGAUAUCUGUAACAGCAGUGGAGGUUGGAGGCUUGAGUUUCGGGUUUAACCGGUUGAGCACCAGAGGUGUGAGGUAGCCUCUGUUCAGGCAUUUUUUCUGCUGCUGCAUAACUGCUGGUGGUACAGAUAGCACCCGCACUUAAGAAUUUAGCACUUAAGAAAUUGAGACUCGGAAAAAAUCAGAAGCUAAGAACUUGAGUACCAUUUGUGAGCCCGGUUAAGCCCUACACUGAAACCUAUAUAGCGGCCAUUUGUAGCCCGCAAGAGGAUGAUCAGAAAAAUAAGAAACCCAGCCUCGGCCGAAACUAGAGGUUCUUAAGCACGGGCGCCAUCUGUAGUCGUCGUUCGUCGCGACAGGCAUUGGUUCGAGCGGAUGACGGAUAGGGUCUAUCCCCCCACGACCUACGCCCCCUACUAAUGGGGCCCCGUGGUGAUGGCGUUGACAAUUGUCCUAUUUCUUCGACUAUCGCGUUGUCAGACAAACAUAGCUAGGAAUGAAUGGUGGUGGGGUUGGAUAUGCAUGACGUAGGGGAUUACGAGCACCACCAAACGUCGCACGCAACAUUGAGCUCGAGAGACAUCGGCGGUAGGCUAUGUUGUAGAUACCCACCUGCUUGACAAUUUCUGUGGAAGAAAAAAAAUUGGCAUCCUUAGACCGCUCCUCGUGGGUGUAUGACGUGUGUAUUUGCUCGUGGUGCUCAGCUGGAUAUUUUAUAACAAGUGCUGCUUCAGGUUGUUCCCUCCAGCUUCCGUUGGUAGACUGGUACUCUACGGUAUCCUCACGGAGCAGGUGACCCACCAAGUCCACACCGUACCUUCCUCUGUCUGUUGUCCGCGCGGGGCAAAGUUGUUCCCGCUGAACAUUUCCAAUGUGUCGUCGGUAGCCGCAGGGAAUGCCACACGUUCUUCAGGGCGGGGGGCGAUGUACACGAAAGGCUAGUUUCGACUUCCACUGGAAGAGUUGGAUG